GCAUUCUUGCUAAUAAUAAUUGAGAGAAAUUUCAAAAUCGGUGUUUUGGUAAAGUAGUGACAGAGGGUGCUGGAGAGAGCAUGGUGCUAAAUUUUAAUAUUCACGAAAUAAUAAUGCGAGACAGAUUUUUAUCAAACAAUGUAAAUAUUCGACGAUAUUUAAUAGUUCCAAAUUUCCACUUGAGAAAUAUAUUGUAAUAGCCAGUGUGAAAUUAAUUUUCGCUGGAUUAGAGGCUUAGAAGCAAGCUUGCAGCGCCAUGAUCUGCUGGUCAAACGAAAUUCUUCUUGUUACAUGCUCAUUGGCGGUUAGUUCUUGGUGGGGCGUGCAUGACAUCACGACGCAUGUUUCGUACUAUCGAAUAUGCUGAGUGACAGGUGGUGUAGUACCUAGUUCUGUUAUGUACUGUGUAUGGAGGAUACGAGCCGUAUCCUCGCGUCACGCGAUCGGCACGUUGUUACUCGUCGAUUUCAGUGCUAAGUUUUGUGAUGCAUACCACGAUUUCACGCGAACCAUCUGAGAGAUUCGACUCUGCAAGAAGAGUGUUUUUGAGACAGCUAUACAAGUACAGGCCAGGCAUAGGGCCGUUCGGAAUUUUAUUUCUGUUGUGUUGGAACAAGGUCAGAGAAUCUAUAUGGGGCAAUGCGUGUCUCGUAAGGCGGGCGCCGUCAUCGCAACCGGACAUCGCGACUCGCUCACUUAUCGUAUUAUGGAAAAACCCUCCAAAAAAGAUCAUAAGGGCGCGUCGAAGCAUGGCGGCUCGCAUACGCGCGGUACGGCAAUGUCUUUCGGCUUUCGACGACGACCGACCUCGGGGAUACCGAUGCCGAUAACCACAUAUACCACCGAACCGAGCCUGCUGCACCCGCGAUCGAAAUCGGCUGGACCUGAGCAAAACCGUAGACGCGAUGAGGACGCCGUCGCUAGCGCGGUUCACAAGUCGUCUUCCGGUCGAUCGACGCCGCGGCUCGCGCCACCGAAGAGAGAGUCCAGCGGAAUCGCCGUCAGGACUAAUCGAUUCGGCUACCGGUCCUCGCAACCAAAAUUCACGAACAAAGUCAGCGACAUAUGCAGCAGUCACAGCGUUAGUCAUUACAAUCAAGAAAAACUGCAACAACAGCAGCAACAGGAGGGUUUCGUGAAACAACCGCACAGAGUGACCGCUCAAGUCUCGAACGCGACACCAGUAUCAAAAGUAAAAGCGUCACCCGUGCAUACUUCGACUUCGUACAGUACCACGAAUACUGCGCAAGUUGAUGGAAAUCGCAGAGUAUCAGGUAUUCCGGAGCCAGUAGGAAGAUACACUCUACACACGAGCCACCUGCCGCUACCGCAGUAUGCUGUAAAAAUGACCGAUGCGAACUCGAAGAUCGCGAAAACUGCGGCGAAUCAAAGCAGAAAGGUAUCCGCUGCGUCGAAAGGCUCGACGAGCUCCAAGGAGGGCUCAAGUACAGAAGAUUCGGGCAUCGGAAGUCAGUUCGGUUGCCUCGGUGAACACGAAUCCAGAGGCGUGGAUUACACUGAUGGAUCGUUAACAAGAAGGCGCGGCAUAGGUAGACCGAGGAAUUUGAAGAUGGUUGUAAACGGAAAGAGUUUCGAUGUUAGGGAUGUCAGGGACGACGAUAGCACAGUAACCGAGAUAUCGGUUAUACCCUUGCCAAAAACGUUUACUACGGCCAGCACCGGACUGGUGCGAGAGAGAACCACUCAGUAUCAGAGGAUCGUCAAUAAAGACAAUAGGUAUACCGAAUCAACGACGUCUAUGUCUACUACAUCUUCUGAGGGUUACGACGAAGGACUGGGCGAGGAGAAGGUUUAUAAAGACAGAUCACAUUCCGAGAAGAUUCCUUCUAUUAAGUCAGACUUCAGUCCACUGAGCUCCGACGAUGCUGAAUACGGUCACGGAGAAGCCAUGGCCGACGAAUAUUCGUUAAGUUCCAGCGACGAGUGCCAACGAUCCAUCUCCACUCAACAUUUACAAGUUACGUCGAACGCAGCCAAGAAUGGAACAGUUCCUAAAGGUGUUUUGCGUUCUGUACUCCUUACCAUCGAGGAUCCUGCGUUCGCCGCGGCCGCUGCUACGUCGACGACGUUGAUAGAUGACGAGACCUCGCCAGUCGAUAGUCUUUUCGAUAGUCUUACAGCCAGUAUUACUCAGUCAGACGUAAAGGCUCUGAAGAAGGAGAACCCAUUGGAACAAUCUGGAAAUAUCAUUGACGAUGAUAGUCCUGGUACUCCAACAAAUGCCUCGAAUUCGCUAAGUUUAUCGGAAGGCAGAGAAUACUUUGACGAUGAGAUCGCUGAUCAACCCGGGCUCAUUUUUGGCGACAGCUCGAGGGCUGGCAUCGAGGCGCAAUCUGCUAUGACUAGUCAAGUCGUUACCGAGAACAGUCACACUUUGGUCGAAUCCAGCCCGAAAACAGGUGCGGGCAUUGUGAAAAAUGCAACUAACAGUCCUCAUCAUGGCAAACGAAUAAGCCGAGUUAACAGUGUCGACACAUUGUCUCCUUGUGAAUCUAUUGCGUCCGAUGACUUGAUAUUGGAUUAUGAACAGAGCGAUGCCAGUUCCUACGACGAACAGCAACAUCGAGGCGACACAGGCAAGGCAUUGCAAGAUAUGGAUAAUGCUACCAUUCUGUCCGAAUUGGAAGCGCAGGGUCAAGAGGUGAUGAGACAAUGGUCCACGUUAUUGGGUACAUGUCAGGAGUUACAGCAAAACGACGAGUCGAACACAAUUAAUAACAACGUGAAUGGUGAAUCGACCAAUAACAACAAUCAACCAGCCAGCGAAACAGGAAACGAGUGUGAUAAAACGACGAAGGCAUGGCGAAGUAGAUCUGUGACGGAUUCACCACGUUCUCUGGAUGGCACAAGGAAUCGUCAAUAUUUCAGCCCUCUAAGGACAUCAAGAAACAUCCAAUCACCGAGCCUAGACUCCGGAGAUGAAGGGAGUCUACGUGUUGACCGCGACACUUAUCAACACAUGUGCCAAGACAUUGUUUCCAUAAAAACAAUGCUCUUGAAAUUAAAACGAGUAUUUCAGGAGUCAGAAGAGAACAGUUUGACGAGGGCAGAAACUCUCAACCCAUUCGAUACUUCUAUAAAGAAUGGUCUCUUCUACAACCUGAACGAAGGUAACACAACUGACGUUGGUACUUCUCCCGGUAGCGGAGGUAGUAGUAUCGCGGAUGAAUUGGCGGAUUUACGUAGGCAGGUGGUCUUCUUGCAAGGCCAAGUAGAAGAUAGAGAUCGAACUAUACAAGUUUUACAGUUCCAAGUAUCGAAACUUCAAGGACCUAAUGGCGAUGGCCAAACAUGUGCAUUAACCACUAAUUACAAUAACGUUUCAUCCACAAAUACUUGCAAUGCCGCUACGCAAACGGAGAAGACACGUCCAGUGUCGGCAGGACCUUCACUCCUGCAAACACUACCGCAGGAAGAUGUUAUGGGGCCUCUAGUUAGCUGUGUGGGAUGGAGUAAUUCUUGGGAUCGACACCGAUCACCGUUGCUCGGGGAGCUGAACGGUAACAGAAGCUCUCGUAAGUCCACCGAUCGUAUACCGCGUACAAUAAAAUUCCGUCAGGAGGAGGGCGGUCACCGUCAGAACGGACUCGCGGAUAGACCGUCUGCAGAAAGUUCGACGAGCAAAAGAACCGUUAAAUCGAAAGACUCCAGGAUCGCCGAGUCGAGCGAUAACGCGGAACGGAACGAGAUUAAGAGGGAGGAGGGUGUCGCUAAAUCAUCUAUUCCCACGGCUAAAAAGAUCACGACGUCGACCCUGAUACCACGAUCAGCGAGGGCCGUUACGUCGACGGGCCGAUCGCACAAUAUGUGAUUAUGGAUUAAUUUAUUGGAUCAAAUUUAUUUCAAUUUUCAACACGUUUACAUUACGUCCUGAUUCAUACGAGGAUCAUCCUAAUUAAAAAUUUGAUUGUUUUUUAACAGUUCGAAUCUCAGACUCUUUUUGUCUAUGUACAAUUGUUUAUGUGUUAAUUUAUUAUUUCUUUAUUUAUUAUUUAAACAAACCUGGCAAGUAAUUUGAUGUAAUUAAUUCCCAGAUGAAUCAAGGGACUGUAAACGUGUUUCUACAAACAUGUCUGCAGAAAUUAAGUUUCUACGUUACUUCAAAGAUUAUCAUUUUAUUUCUUUUUGUAAUUAUUCGAUGAAUAAUGAAGAUGUACAUGCUCUUAAUAUAAAUUCCGAGCAGUGUACAGAUUUUACGUUGAUAGUUAAGGGCAAUUAAUGAGUUCCUAUCAUUUAAAGUUUCUAUAAUAUUUUAUUUGGUUCUGUAACUUCACAUGUAAAGAAACGGCACAUUCAUUAUUCAGAACCGAUCGUUAAUUACGUUUCUCGCGUACUUAAUAGGCUGAAUAAGUUGUAUAAAUUCAAUCGUAAGUAUAACUCGUUGAUUGAUUUCUCGGCCAAUUUAAAAAAUUCAUUCAUCGUUCGCACGAAUGAAUACAUAUAAGUUUUAGCCUCGGACAUGAUCCGAGUAAUGUUUGUGAUACUAUAAUAUGAAUCUCUAUUUAUCUCAUAUCCUACAAGGAUCGGUCAGUUCAUUCAAAUGGUAAUCGCAUUUAUUAGACUUUCGAGCAUUGUAAAAAUUACGGUGCGCAUAUUUAUUCGUAUUCACGGUACAUAAACGAUUACGAAGCUUGGCUAUAAAAGCUUGUUCUCAAAGAAAUUGUUUAACAAAUUUGGCAGUCAUUUAUUUCUUUUUAUAAUAGUAGAAUCUAAAGUACACUCGCAGCGAAUGCAUAUGAACCCUGUAAUCUUCGUCAUAUGGCGUUGCUGUAAUUACACGAAAUGUAUAUUACAAACAUACAUACAUAUAUAAUAUACAUUUUACGAUAUUUGUAUGUAUGUUGUAUGCUAUGGUGUAAAACACCAAGCGUAAUACUUUAUGUAUACGCUAUAAUGUUGUAUAUCACAGCAUAUGUAAUUGCAUUCCGGUGUAUUAUUGUAGUUUAGCAUUUUUAAAGUGUACAUUAUAUUCUUUUACAACUAUCGUACGUAGAGUAGAGGCGCAAGAUAGAGGAUCGAUCAUUGUAAAAAUUUUCGUGUCUUAAAACAAGGAAAUUUAUUAAUUCUUUGACGUAAUUAUAUAUCGCAAACAUUAAUCUCGACUUUUGAGUUUCGUUGGAACGGACUUGACUUCACUGUAUUAUUUCUUUUAUUCAUUUUAUGUACAAAUCUUCGAUGCUGAUUAAUGUGUUUUUGAUCACCCCUAAUUACAAUGGUAAACUGAUCGCUUACUAUUUGAAUUAGGGAGAUUCUGUACAUUUAUUUUAUGAGUAACUUGUAGAUAACUUAUUCCAGGGCUAAUUUGCGAAGUCAUAUUUGGUGCUAUUCAAUUUCUCGUAUUUUAUUUUAUCAUAUUUAGAAUCUCCUGAAUCAUUGAACGGGAAAAAUUAUUAAUUAACUUAUCUUAACAAAAAUUAUAUACGUUCGUAAAAUUGCUAAACAGCAAUACCUAUGAAUGAAAUGUGACAAUAACUAAUGCUACGAAUGAUAUGGAUAUUAUAAUUUCACAUGUCUCGUUUCAGUUUAACUAACGUUAUAUGCGGCGUAUAAUUUUUUCCGAAAAAUGAAAGUUCAUUUCUCAUUCAAUUAAUAAUUUUAAUACCAGGAGAUGCUAAAUAUCUCAUGCACAUUGUACAUUUUUAUUCAUAUUUUGAUUUGUAAAAUGGUAUUGUAAUAAAACGAAAUUACAAGCAUAAAACUAAGUGUUUGAUACGAAACUGGGCACGUCUUACCUUUGUAAUGAAACACAGAAAUAUGUUUAAAAAAGAGAAAUAGGAAAGGCAGAAUAUCUUUUAAACGACAGACUGAUUACUACAAACUACAUGAUCCUACUUUUGAAUUAAUUUGAUCAGUUCGAUUAUUAUAGUAUUCUUAAAACUUUUCGGAAAAGUUGCUUAUACAAAUUUUUAUAAAACAUACUUCAUUUCAUUUCAUCCAUCAGUCAUGAAUUUAUUUAAUGUUCUGAAUUUGUUAUAUUUGAUUUGAAGAGUAUAAGCUUAGAUGAUUUAUCGAAGUACGGGGUACUUGAAUUUAUACAUUUCGAUACGUUUUAGCAAAGUACAAGUUGACUUGUUUGACAGGAUAUGAAUUAACGUAUCUUCCAUUUGGAAAAAUUCCUAUGCGGUUUUAUAAGACUCACUUGAGAAGGGAAUAUAAAUUAUUAACUCUUUAAGCUGUUAAUUUUAACAAAACUAUUUACAGUAUAAUAAGGAAACCAAUUUACAUGCGAUUCCCCUCGUAUUCCCUCGUUUUUGAAAAAGGUACAAGUUUUUGACAGGAAAUAUAUUUUUAUGCAUUGUAUUUGUGAAGAACUAAACGUUUUCGAUAUUCUUAUUGAAACUGUUUAAAAAGUGAAGAGUUAGAUCAGGGGUGACGAACUGGCGGCUCGUGGUUCUUGCCCUAUUCUCCCCUCCGGCUUUGGCUUCUCCUUAAGUGCCUGUUUACUAUUCGCAGGUGAUAAAGUGAAAUAUCGUAUUUCAUCGCUUUUUGACCCUUUGGCAACGUAAGUACGUGAGGGAGCACGGGAGAUUUCCCUUGAAGAAAUUUGUCUCACUCAUCCCUUCGAGACUCGUUCGAAUAGCAGCACACCUGAGUCGAUAUACAUAAACUAAGGAGCUUCCGGGGGAGUAAUCAGGCCCGUAUUUCCUUUAAAAGAAAUCACCCUUGCACCCUACCGGAAAUAUUGCUUGUCGGCUAAACAUCUACGAACUGAACGGGGCUUAUCAUUCAUUCCUCGGACGCUUGGUCGAAUAGCAGAGCAGGGAAUAGGCUGACCGAUACUGGGGUACCCAUAGCCGUGGCUUCCGUCACCCCUGAAUCGGAGAAUAGAUCAAUAGCUUUUAAACCGAUGCAAAUUUGCUUUAUAUGAUUAGUUCGUAGCAUAAAAAUCAAUAUUUAUUCCAUUAAUAUUUGAAAACGCCUUGUUACUGUUUUUUAAAAAUUGACAGUGAUCGCAUAAAGUUGCUAAAGAAGCGUUUUGCUAAAUACUUGACAUUCUUUUGUAUAUUAAAUGAACUGAAUAUAAGCUAGGCUUGCUAGACUAACGAAUUAAAGUCGGUGAACAGUCCGAACAGUGAAUUAGAUUAUACAACAAUAUAAAUGAGAGAAAUGCUGCUGUUCCAUGAACGCGGUAGUGCUGUAUCUAAAAUUUAGCUAUAAGUAUAUUUAAAUGUUUAAUAUUAAAGACGUAGCAAAUACGAAUCUGCUAGCAUGUAAAGUCUCAUUGUUAAUAAAACGUAAGUAGAGUCUUAGUCUUAUUUAACAUUUACAAAAUAACGUGUACGGAAUAAAAGCUUCUGAUUAAAUAGAAACACCGAUAAUUUACGACCUGUAA